GAUACUUAUAAUCGAUAUCGUUGAACUAACUGCAAGUUAACAAUGGCUAAAGAUGGUAGCUGCCUCUUUAGAUUAGGGUAAUAUUUAACGGCUAGAUUUUCUGUUUGUUUUUAUGUCAACUGCAUUAAUGGAUUUUAAUGCAGUGGAACAUACAAUACUAAUGAUAUACGUCUGUCGUCUACUUAGUUGAUAUAAUUAAUUAUCUACAUUUGUCAUGUUUUGAGCUAAAAAGUUGGACUUCUCUCUCACUCUCCGGUGUUAUAAGUUAUAAAUAUAGCUACAAUAAGGAAAGGAAAGAUUGUAUAGCAAUCAGAGUAACCUUCCUUUGUUGUUGGUUUUUUGUUUGUGUUAUUUUUUUUUUUGUUGUUGAUGUAUCUGGAGUUGGAUGCUACUCGCUCAAAUGAUAAAUGGCAAUUGAGAUUUUUUGCAGGAGGGAAGGUGAGGUUAUCUAAUACACUCACACUCACAUGCACCAUUCCAGUUAUCAUUGCACUGGUCUGUGGCAUUUUAUUUGCAACUUAAAUCAAUGAAUAUGAAAACGUCUUUGACUUUGACUGACUUACUUUUCUUUGACUUUGGGGAAAACUCAGUUUAAAUUUAAUUACAACUUAAACUUUUUACUUUAACUGCUCACUAAAUUCACUAAGUCUUACUUUUUAGUAGUCCUAACCCUCCCCCCCCCCCUUAUCAGGCUAAUCAUGAAAAAUACUAAUACUUAUUAUUUUGUCUAUUUUAUUACUUUUUACUGUUUUACAUACUAGUGUGAUUUGCUUUGUAAUGCAACCUGGAUUUUAUAUCAAUGGGGCUAUCCAUAAUAUAGUGUGCCAAAAGAAAAUAAUUUUUGACUGCACCCCUAUUUCAUGCAUUUUUUUAUUUUUUUAUUAUUUUAUUUUGUAUAUUUUUUUACAACCCCCCCCCCUUUUUUUUGAAUUACGUUACACUGAGCUCACCCCACUCCCCACUGAAGAAAACAACAACCAACAAAAUCAAAUAAUCUUUAUACAGCUAUGACUUUACUGUAAACAAAAUGUGUUAUGUGUUUUUGCCGCUGGCGGUUGGGUAAGCUCAGUUGUUCCCAGAAUGUACGCCACAUUGCCCUGGGUGCCAUCUUGCCCUGUGAGGCAUGACCAUGAUAAUGGGACGAAGAGCAACAGAGCCAGAUUCGACUUUUAGAUAUGACCUUAAUAGAGAAUUAAACUUUAACGGCGAAUAUACUUUAUAAAGACAAAAGGGUUAAAAAAAAUGGCUUUUUACUGGUCUGCCUGGGGGACCCGGCACAUUUUUCUAUAUGGGUUGCUGCGGUUUUCUCUUGCAAGAUAUUACACAAUUAUCAUAAUUUUAUUUCCACUUUAAAUCCAAAGUGACAUUUAGCGGUCAUGAGGCAAAGAGUAACCGACUUGAGUUUCUACUGUUUGAAGAUGAUGGUUAGUGGUCUACAUAGGUGCUAUUUUUACCCAAACUUUUAUUUAAUUUUGUUUUGUAUUCACUAUUUCAAAGUGUACUUGUUAGAAUUUAAAACAGGACUCAUGGUGAAAACCUAAAUUCGGCACCUAGAAUCAAAAAAUUUUAAGGAUCUCUAGCAUUGUCCAACAAAAUAUAUCCAACAUGCACGCCUAAUAUACCAUAGACUAUAAAUUACUGUAAUACCUCUACUACUGAGUAUUAUAUGAUAUAUGAGUCUUAUCAAGCAAAUUCAUUUGUGAAAAUACAGGGCAACAUUAUGAUGGUAAUUCCUACAAAACAUUGCAUGAUAUUUUUACAGCAUUCAAGAUAUUAAUUUUAAAUAUGAUAUUUUUGGACUGUCAGAAUUUUAUGAUGAUCAUUUUAAAACUUUAAAAUAAAUGAACAUACUUUCUGUACAGACACACAUAUGCAAAAUCUCCAAAAUAGACAACCCUUCCCCAUCAGUGUGUACUUACUAUAUGGAUGGCCCAUACUUGCUAAAUUUUAUCUAUAUAAAGUCAAGAAACAUUAAAAUUUUUAAUAUUUUAACAAUGACCUAUACUACUAGCUGUUACAUCUUCCAGAUAUACACUAUAUACACGAACAAGACUAGGGUACUACUACCAUCUUAAAGACAUAAAAAAAGCACGAGAAAAACUUGGCGAUAAUGGACACUCAGAAUUAACUCAUUUCGACUUUGGUAGUAAGUAUGCUUAAUAUAUAAAUACUCCAUGCAAGUAAAAUUGCAUAUUAUUUUAUUUAAAGGAUUUAACUUUGCAUGUAUUUAAAAAAUGGAAGUUUAUUUUUUUUAAAUUAGCUAAUGUUGUUCAUGAAUUUAAAAAAUUGGAAACCCAUGAAAUCACACAUUUAUGUUUCAAAAAGUUAUCUCUUUUUUAUCUUCCAAAAAUUGUUCCCCUCAGAUUUAAGGAUAUUGCCGAUUCCUAUGCUCUUAGACAACUAUGCAUAUUUGGUAUCAGAUAUUAAAAACAAGAAAUCAGUUUUGAUAGAUCCAGGUCAUGCAGAAGCAGCACAGGUGAAACAAGUUUUUUUUAAUCUAUUUUUUCACUACUUGUCAUGCAUCAUCAAAUUAAAAAAUAUUAAAAUUAUUUGCAUAGCAGUAGUUAUGUUUGGUAGUGUUAGAUUGCUGGUAGGUUGCAUCCUGCUUUGUUUUUAUUGUAAGUUUAAGUUUAGUCUCGUUGUUUUUUUAAAAUAUAUUUUUUUAAAUAAUUUUUUAAAUAUUUUAAUUUUUUUUUUGUUACAUAAAAAUUGAGUUAUUUUUGUUGUUUACACUUGUAAUAUUAUUUUUACUAAAUAUUAAAAAUUUUCAUGAAAUCCUCAGUUUAAAAAAAAAAAAAUCUUGUCUGACAACGCUAAAUUCCUGGUUUCAAAGUUCAACUUUUUUAUUAUUUUGAGACGUAAUUUAUUGUAAUAUAGGACAAGAAUUUUAAUGUAAAAUGUCACAUUUUGUAUCUAACAAUAACAUAAUUUUUUUUUAUCCUAUCAUUUUUGUUUCUGUUAUCAGCUAUCAAAGUUUUAAAAUUUUAGAAUCCCUUUGAUUUCAACAAUAAUUAGUCUUUCUGGAAAAUUUCAUAUUUGUUAAACCCUAGAUAGAGAUCUUUCUUGCCUCUGUAUAAAAUUAUGUAAGCAUUUCAAAUGCAAUAGCAAGAUUUAUGUAUCAAGCAUUUGACAUAAACCUUUUUCUUAAAGAAAUUGAUUGUUAGUUUUGUCUCCAUAAAGUCAUCUAUCUGCAUCUACCAUAUCCAAUCGACAAACUUUUAUGAAAUAUAACAAGGAUGUUAGUUGUUUCAAAACAGAAUACAACUUUACAGUAAAGUUAAUGCAUUUUAUAUUUGGAAAUCAUUUAUCACCAUACAGUUGCAAACUGCUAAGAUGCUUUUUGAUAAUUAUCAAAUAACUUAUUUCUUUCCCCAGAAAGUACUUACCAUGAGAAAUAUUCAUCCUGAUGCUAUUUUAAUUACUCACAAACACUGGUAAGAGAUCUAUAUCGAUUGCCAUUGAUAAAUUCUGAGUAUAAUUAAUUAUAAAUUAUUAUAGAUAAACUUAACAUUUUUAAAUUUUGUGAGUGAAUGAUCCCAUAAAACUAUUAAUAUAAACUUUCAUGAUAAAAGGGUUAUAUAUAGAUAUUUUUAAACAAAGAUUGCAGACUUAUCGGUAUCUAUGUACCCAUAUUACAAAUUAGUUAUUUUGGAGGAUCUUUUAACAAUUUGUUUUUAAAAUGAUUGAUUUAUAUUGGUUUAAAAUGCUAAGUCUUAUCUUUGUUCCCUUUAUCUACUUAGAGCUACUUGUAUUUCUUUUAUUUUAUGGAAAGGGACCAUAGUGGAGGCAAUCGAGAGCUGAGACAACUAUUUCCAAACAUCCCAAUAUAUGGAGGAUCUUUGGACAAUAUACCAGACUGUACACAGUAGGGUACUGGAUAAACUAAGUUUUUUUUUUUAUACAUAUCAUUUUAUGUAUAAAAUUUGUAUUUUUUAUUCUUUCCAAAACUCUUAUCUAGAUGGUUUUAAAAUAAAAUGUUAAAAUAAUAUAAACAUCUGAAUUGCUUUUUUUUCAUCUUCACUUACUUAUCUAAGUGUUUCUUUCCCAUUUUUAAUUUUUUGCCUACUAGACAGAGAAGUACAGUGACAGCCAAAGAUAAUGGAUAUAAACAUACUAAAUUUACUAUAUUUAUGUGUUUUGUACUGCAUUAUAAAAUUAUAAUAUCAGACCUGUUUACUUUUACGAUUUUGGCGUACAAUGUAUGAUUUUGAUGUGUAAACAUUAAAUAUACUGUAUGUUUAUUUUUUACUAUAAAUAUAAGGUAUUGAACAAUUUUGUGAUGAUAUUGUACGAGUUUGAGGGUAAACAGGUCUAUAAUAUAACAAUUGCCCAUUGAAUAUUAAAAUGUUGUUACAUGUCAGCUAAACACCUUUAAUUUUGAUAAAGUUGUUAAUAAACCUCCCAAAUAUUUUUAUUUUCAAUGUUCUUAUAGUUUACUCAUUGAUCAAGACGAGAUUGAGUUUGGAGAUUUAAAAUUUCAAGUCCUUUUCACACCAGGCCACACUGUGGGUCAUAUUGUGUAUCUGUUACAUGGAAAUCCAUUCAAAGCUGAAGAUAGUUUAUUUUCUGGUGACUGUCUCUUUUUGGCAGGAUGUGGUAAUAAUUAUUUUUAAAUUUUUAUUGUUAAUAUUUUUCUUGUGAUUUUUAUAGAUUUUAUAAUAAUAAUAAUAAAUUUUAUUUGAAAAACUCGCUUCAUCCCCAAAAGCUCGAAGCGCUGUACAAAGUCAACCAUAUUAAAAAGAGAAAUAAAAACAAUCUAAAAUUUACCACAUUUAAAAACAAACGCAACAAUAUAAAGCUACAUACGAGCAUACCCAGUCAAAGUCUUUCAUCCCGUUUCAACCAUAAGCAACACAAGCCAAUAUACAUGUAUAAUUAUGUAUUUUUUUUUAUUUUUUAAAGUAUUCAAUUAAACCAAUGCUUCAUAUGCUCAUUGCCUUUAAAGUCACAAUUUGAUAACUACGCUAUUACUAAUCUCUUUUUUAUAUGAUGAGCAUUAAUAUUUUAUUUAUGGUUAAUAUUAUACCUUUGUUAAUAAAACAUUUGAAUUGAUUAAAAUAAAUGUUCCAUUCUCCUUUCUUGACAGGCCGUAUGUUUGAAGCUCCAUCAUCUGUAAUGCUGAGUUCCUUGGAAAGACUCUCAAAACUUAAUGAUAAAACAUUGUUGUGGCCUGGUAUGUUAAAUUAUAGAUUUAAGUGAUUUAAAAGUAGAAGUCAUAGAAGUUGUUUACUUAAUUUACUAGUCAAAUAAAAUCUUGAUCUCCUUGCUGGGAGGAUUGUCAGAUUAUACACACGGUUGUCCAUGACAUUUAUACACACAGUUGUCAAUGUCAUUCUAGUAAUUCUAUACACACAGUUGUCAAUGCCAUUCUAAUAAUACUAUACACACAGUUGUCAAUGCCAUUCUAGUAAUUCUAUACACACAGUUCUCAAUGCCAUUCUAGUAAUUCUAUACACACAGUUGUCAAUGUCAUUCUAGUAAUUCUAUACACACAGUUGUCAAUGCCAUUCUAAUAAUUCUAUACACACAGUUGUCAAUGCCAUUCUAGUAAUUCUAUACACACAGUUCUCAAUGCCAUUUUAGUAAUUCUAUACACACAGUUGUCAAUGCCAUUCUAAUAACUCUAUACACACAGUUCUCAAUGCCACUUAUACACACAGUUGUCAAUGUCAAUCAAGAAAUCUUGAGAUUGAUAUAUUGUUGAUACAAUUGCUGAUAUUUUCCCCCUCUCUCUUAUGUUUUGUAAAAGUUAGUAAAUUACAAAUAAAAUUGGGUUUAAGCCUUCAGAAAUAAUAACAUUGUACAAGCAUUAUUUCAGAACUAAUAUUAUUUCUGCUAGUAUUGUGCUAUCUUAUUAUAUGCAUAUUGUAGAUACAAAUACAAUGACAUUGCUGGCAACACCAUAAAAAACAAAAUGCUUUUGUAUUGCUGAUCUGAGGUAACAGUUGACUAAACAGCUUUAAUUUUAUCAUACAUGUUAUUAUAACAUCAAAUUCCACUAAUGUGUUGAUACUCAAUUUUUGAAAAAUAUUUCCAAUCUAUAUUUGAAUUCUAGUGUAAGUUUCAGUUAAAUAUGAAUAGUUCAUAGGGAAACCUCUACCUUGGAACAGUGAAUUUAGUUUGAUGCAUCCCUUGUUUACAAUUAGUCUUUUCCAUUACUGUUUACACAUUUAAGAAACUAAACAUUACAUUUUUUAACUCUUAGGACAUGAAUAUGCAAUUGAGAAUUUAAAAUUUGCUCACCAUCUAAAUCCAGACAAUGAUGCCCUUCAGGUUGUUGCAUUUGUACUACUUCUUAUUUUAUACCAAUAUUAAAUAUUUCAUUUCUUAAACUUUUAAUUGAAUACCAUGUUGUUUACCUAUUUAAACCCAAUUAGCUUGAAUGGAAUAUACCUCUCUUUAAAGAAAAUAAUUUUUAAUUGAUGUGUUUUUAAAUUUUAACUGCCUUAUACUUGACAGUGUUUUAGGGAACUUAUGUUUUACUUUCUUCUAGAAAAAGUUUGACUGGGUAAAGAUCAGAAGAGAAAGCAGCCUUUGUACGGUAAUUAUAUGUAAUCUGUAUUUUAAAAAAAAAUUAAUGUAUAAAUAGAAAACGUAAGAAUCCAUUAUAUUACAUAUGCACAAACAAAAAAAUCAAAUUUUCAACUCCCACUCCCUAUUUCACUUUUUUUUUGACAACCCCCUCCCUAUGCAUAUUAACAAUGAGUUUUUGACCCCACCCCUUAAAAAAAAAAACAUCUCCAACAAAGUAAAUUUACUAACAGCCAAUUAUGACACCAUAAUAAAAGAAUAUGUGUAGGGUUUUCGCAGGUUUUUGGCGAAGCCAGUGGUUCCCAAAAUAUAUGCUGUAUUGCGCUCAGGCAUGCCCAUGAAAAUGGUGCAUAGAGAGCAGUCGCCCCAGGCUCCAAUUUCUGGGGGUGGGGUCUUUAUAGGUAUAAACUUAAUUAAUCUUUUUACUUUUCCGCCCUGGGUGAUAAUUUCCGGCUUUGCCCCCGUGCGCCCCUAUUCCUGACCUGGGUUGUGCGGCUUCCUAACAGAAAUGCAGUGAAGUGUUAUAUAAUUUUAUUCAACUUUUAAUCUGAUGUGACAUCUUGCAUUUGUUACGCUAACAGGAACUCACUUGAGUCAUUGCUGUUUGCAGUUACUAGAUGAUGCUUAGUGACCUACGUACAUAUUUUAUUUAUAUUCACCCAACCCUUUUAUUAUUCUUUUAAAAUGUAUUCUCUAUUUUAAAUUGUACUUGUUAAAAUUUUAGAAACCACUGCUGUAGCAAGUGGAACGUACAGUGGACAAAUAUUAAUGUAAUACUAAUACUAAAACUGAGUACUAAUACUAUUAGAGAGAUAUCUAGCGAGUUCACUUGUGAAAACACAAGGCAACAUUAUGUCGAUAAAUCAUACAUAACAUUGCUAGAUAUUUUAAUCGCCUUUGAUAAAUAAAUAUGCUCUUGAUGGACUGUCAAAAUGUCAGGAUGAUUAUUGCAGAAUUUGUGAAAAAAUUUACAUACUUUCAAGAUCCCCCUUCCCACCAUAGGCAUUGUAUUCAAGAAUUGACAACCAACCCUCACCCCUCGGUGCUUACUUACUAUAUGGAUGCUCCCCAUACCAGAUUUUGAUAUUUUCAGUUUUAGAAUCAACUUUGGAAUAGUAAAUUCUAUGUUGCUGCAGAAAUAUAUAAUAUAAGGUGUUUGUUUUUUAAAUUGCAGCAUGUUGACAUUUUAUAAUUUAUAAAUAGAAAUUAUAAUUUUGUUUCAGUGCCCAUCUACUAUCGGGGAAGAGAAAAUGUAUAAUCCAUUUUUACGCACUUCUAAUGAAGACGUGCUUCGAGGUUUGGGGAUGAUUGACAAUGGAGAAUUUGUUGAACCUUCAGAUGAGUCUCGAGCAAGAGCACUUCAGUUGAUUAGAGAACAAAAAGAUGCUUUUAACUAUAAACUUUAAUUAAUUAAUAAUACGUUUUCCCAAAAUUAUUAUCAUGAUGUUAAGCAAAUAAGAUUUUGGACAGCUAACCUUAUUUCUAUUAUUCCUCAACAUAUGGUAUUUUUGUUAAAAUAAAUAUGAAAAAAUGUGGUUUGUUUGCACUCAAUAUAAAAAUCCUUUGCAUGUCAGAAGAAGCCAACUAAUCUCUUAGUAAUUAUGCCAUAAGUAUUAAUGUAGCUGUCCAAAGUGAAAAUAUGCCUACAUGACAUUUUGAUUUUAUGUUCCUUUGAUUAAAUAAAAGAGUUUAUGAUGCAUUUUUGUAUUUUCAUUUAUGGUUGAAUGAAUUUUAUUAAUGAAAGCUUCACAGUAAACUUGUCAACAGGCAAUAAAAAAAUAAUUCAAGACUUAUCUUAAUAUAAUAAAUAAUGUAAG